AUGGCUCUCCCCCUGCGACCCAAACUCCAUCCAAACGUGCUGGGCCGCCAAAUGCUCUACAGUGACGCCAUGCAGUAUGCCAACGACAAGUUAUCUGGAAAACUGGUGGUGAUUCUCAAUGCGGAUAUUUACUUGGGAAGUGGUGUAGAUCAACUCUUACGUCAUCGCCAUCUAUUGGAACCAAAGAACAAUGGCAGCCCCGUUGUCCUCAGCUUGACUCGACACGAACAUGGCACUUGUCGGACCACAAAUAAUGCUAGCAAUCAACCAUCAAAUGAUUGGUGUGGAUGUCCCUUUACAAGACCUGGCCUUUAUUUUGGAUCGCAUGAUUCUUUUUGGUUCGAGCCGCCACUCGACAACAGGGCGAUUGAACGGUGCCAACACGUACAGAAUCGGUGGGGAGCUGAACACAAAGUAAUAGUUGAACUUUUGAGGGUUGGCUACAACGUUGCAAAUCCCUGUCUGACAAUCCACACCCAUCACCACCAUGCCACUGACGUUCAUCCAUGGGCAAAAGAAGCAGGUGGAAACGACGUCUUGGCAGAUCCGACGGAUCACUUGCCUCUCCCUCCGACAACGCUGGAUCAAAUUGUCUCCGAUUGUACAUAG